AUGUUCCGCAUUCUCAUUGCCACGGCUCUUCUGGCUACCGCUGCAUUCAGCAGCAUCCUGGACUCCAUUACUUUGGAGCCCCCAGUAACUUGGCCUGGACUUGCCAACGGGACAAAGCCGGCGGAGUUGGCCGAUGGCCUUACCGCUACCUUACCUCCACCCGAGCUCACCCCUACCCUCCGCAAGUUCACCUUCCCUUCAAUAGAGCCACCCCAGCCCACCCCUACCCUCCGCAAGUUCACCUUCCCCUCAAUAGAGCCCCCUCAUACCUCACAGGCACCUACGCCAACUGGGGGUCCGGGGCUCCGAGCGGGAGGAUGCUCCGACGGGUAG